GUAGGGUAAUUGUGCGCGGUGGGUAAUUGUGUGCCAAUUUCCGUGAUCGGAAGAUGUUGUUUAUUACAAUAACGUCUUGCGGAAAAAAAGUAACAUCAUAUCCCAGUGUAGCACUGAUGGCUGAAGAUUAAAAUAAUCAACUUGAAAGAAAAACACAUCUUUUGUUAUAAUAUUGGUACUCACGAAAAUAAGACGGUAAUAACAUCACCUACUUACUGUGAUGGCAAAGUUUUCGUGUAACAAUACAAGUUUAUAUCCUCACUUUUAAUGUGAGUUAAGAAGAUUCACAAUACACGAUCUCGAGCUUGUGCAAAUAGUAGAUGCCUCGUUAUUAUAAAAGAACAUCAGAUAAGAAUAAUUGGACUGAGGGGACCUUAAAAUCAGCGAUUUAUGCUGUGAAAGUCAAUGGGAUGAAAAUCAGAGCUGCUGGGCGAAAAUUCAAUAUUUCGGAAUCAACUCUUAGAAAGCGAUUGAAAGAAAGUUCGACAAGCCAUGUGCCGUUGGGUCGAAAGCCAACAUUCACGGUUGAUGAGGAGAAAGAAUUGACAAAUCAUAUCUUGAACCUAGCAAAACUAUUUUAUGGACUUACUUCACAUCAACUUCGUAGAAUUGCUUUCGACUUUGCUGAGGCAAAACAUGUUAAUCAUACGUUUAACAAAACGAUUCAACUGGCUGGCAAAGAUUGGCUAUAUCAGUUUCUUCAGCGUAACUCGGAAAUAAAGUUAAGACAACCAAAAGGGACGAGUCUUAACAGAAUUAAUGCAUUUAAUAAAGAAGAAAUUACUCGAUUUUUUUCCAAUUUACAAGAAGUCAUGGAAAAGUAUAGAUUUCCUCCAAAUAGAAUCUUUAACAUGGAUAAGAUGUGCAUUACAUUGAUUAAAAAAAAAUGUCCAAAAAUAUAUGGCGCAAAAGGGAUAGAGAGAAUUGGAACAGCAACAUCAGGUGAAAGGAGACGAACCGUUACAACAGUAUUUUGCAUGAAUGCAUCUGGAACAUACAUACCUCCAAUGAUAAUUUAUCCGAGAGCGCGAAUGAAUACGCAGCUACAAAAGAAUGGGCCUAUUGGAGCGAUUUAUGCCUGUUCUAAAAAUGGAUGGAUAAAUAAGGGAUUGUACUUGGAUUGGUUACAUCAUUUUAAGAGCUAUGUUAAACCAACUUGCGAAGACCCCGUACUUCUGAUAAUUGAUAAUCAUACAAGCUACAUUUCACUUGACGCUUUUGAUUUAUGUAAAUCUGGUUUUAUUACUGUACUUUCUUUCCCCCCUCACACAUCUCAUCGAAUUCAACCUUUAGACUUGACAUUUUUUGGCCCGUUGAAGAACGCUUUAUAUAGAGAAUAUGAUUUAUAUUUAAAAUUAACUGAUCAUAAAAAAAUAACCGAAUAUAAUCUUGCAGAGUUGUUAAAUAAGGCCUUUUUAAAAGUAGCUUCUAUGAAGGAAGGCAUCUCUGGCUUUCGUACAGCAGGUAUUUACCCUCUAAACCCUGAUAGGUUUGACGAAAAUGAUUUUGCUCCAUCAGUUGCUCGAGAAGGACCUCUUACUGAAGUCGUCUUUGAUAAUCAAAAUUCAAAUUCCAUUGAAACUAUCAGUAAUAUAGAUAAUUUACCUGAUUCUUACAACAAUGAGUCAGAGGCAAAUCCAAUAUCAAAACCUAGUACUUCAAAGACUCCUGAUCAGUUCAAAAUUACUGUUAUUUCAUCGAUUUCUUCAAGCAAACCUCAUGUGGCAACGUGAUUCUCAUUCAGAAAUUUUAACUGCCUCAAAAGUAAAAAUUACAAGACAAAUUGGAAGAAUAGAAAAAGGCCGAAGAAAAGAAGA